AUGGCCGCCACAACCUCCCCAAGCGGCACCGAAAACGCCCAGGGGCCCCCCGCCGCCGCCGAAGCGCUCAAACUGAAAGACGACCUCGCCGCGGCCAACAACGACCUAAAGGAGCUCUCCGCCACGAUACACACAAUCAAGCAGGAGGUCGACAAGGUCUCCGCCGAGGAAGCCCGAGAGCCCUGGGACACUGCUCACCAAUCGGAGCACUGUUCCGCUCUGAAAAGCGCCAUGGAGGCCGUCAAAGCCCACGAACACAAGUACAAAAGCCUCGUCGCCAGCGUCGACGCGAACAAGUACGCCCACUUGGAAGGCGAAGAGCCCAACGAAACGCACGAGGCCAUCUUAUCCAACUACAACGUCUACAAUCGCGAGCGGGCCGAGAUGGGGGCCCAGCUGAAGGAAGUCUGCUAUCAGUCGUCGCAACGCGAGCUUAUCAACGAAGACCAGGCGCGGGAGAUGUAUGUGGAGCUGGUGCAAAUCCUAUACGUGCAGCAGAUCGGGGAUCUUCUCUUACGGUGGUUGCAGAAAAGAGACACUAUACCGUGGGAUGAGAACGAUUGGUAAUGGAUACAUGCAUCUGCUGCUACGGGACUUCAUAUAGUACUUUAC